AUGUGGUGUGUGGAAACGCAGCUCCUGGAAUUCGGCCGUAUUACGACGACACGACAGCCGACAUCGGCGCGGAGACGCAGCCGCAAGAAUGCGGCCAGAGGGCGCCGCGUGCGGUGGCGCGAACGUGUUCGGGCGGCGUCGACGCGGGGCGAUAGCGAGCGACAGCGGCGACGGUGCCGGCCGUCAUCAGGAACAGCAACAGCAGCAGCAGCGUCGGCCGCCAGACGCGUACUGAACGCCUCGACUCGACUUGACGACGACGACAACAGUAGGAGUACUGCUGAAGAUCGAAUCCAUUUCGUAGUAAGUCAUGCCAUGCGGGCGAAUGGUCAUGAACGAUAUCAACGCAACGACAAUAACAUGCAGGACGUCCGUGUUGGUCGACAUCGCGAUAAACUUGAGCUAAUACGUGAUUCAUUACGACCAUUUGAGCAGACUGUUGGGGAUAUCGUGCCGGUAACAGCCGCGGAGCAGAACGUGCAGCACAGUGAAAUGCACCUAACAGUGGUCGAGUCGGCGACGAACUCUGGAGCACUUGGACAGCAACGAGCUAUGGUCGACAGCCUCAUAGCUCAGGGCUACGAUCAGGACGCCGCUUUCUAUGCAUUGAAGUUGGUUAAAUUCGCCAGCACGGCCGCCGCCGUGGAUGUCCUCAAGCACAUCAAUCACGACCAUGCGAACAUGGAAGGAAAGAGUGACCGAUUACUUUCUGUCAUUCCCCCGUCAGCUGGCUCAUCUUCAGUUAAUGGAAAUCAUACUGUGCAAAGCUCUAAGAUACCAAACGGCGUAACAAAUGGGAAUUUGUAUCCAGCACCAUUUGUCACUAAUGAAGACAGCGCCUCAUCACGUUCAACGUCACCAUUGCCUCCCCAGUUGCCUUCUCCUACGGCAGCGAUUCAGCCUUUUGUCACUUCGUCUGGCCAUGUGGUGCCAUCAACAUCGUCGUUAGUUUCAAUGGCUGGCUCUUCGACAAUCAUGACGUCGCAGCAUUCGGCCGGCUCAACUGCAGCAACGUCUUCAGUGCCAUCCAACUCGCCGCAAAAAGCACUCAUACGCCAGUAUGUGCCUGUAGCUCCGGAUUAUCACAGAACCCAUGUGCAUAUUUCCACAACACCAUACGCCCAAGAUUUCUACCAACAGCAAGUUCGUCCACAAAAAAGCAACUUCAAGCCGUCAAUUUACAUCGAACGUGGAGCGCAACGACCCAGUGACAUGAUGAAACAACACUACGUGGUACGCGAUACAUACAAGAGUCCGCUGGACUCCUCGAUUUCGGCGCCAAUGGGACAGUCGACGUCACACGUGCAGAUCGGCGGCCUAGGCGCGUCGCCUCUGGCGCGAUACGGUCAGCAGCCGCCACACGCUGUCAUAAGGACCACGUUCAGCGCCGCGCCGCUGAAGAGUAUGGUCAACAUCAACGUGUCGCCUAUCAAUAAGCUUGAAUAUUAUCUCAGGACAGAAGUCCUUGUCGAUUUUGACAACCUUUCCACUUGCAAUUUUAUUUACUGUGAGCAGAAAUUUGGAACUGGAUCCCCUCCUCUUAGAAAGACAGGCGGUGUCACUCGACAUCGGCUCAUCGUUGGCAUUGUUGUGAUUGUCAAGUCUGUUGUCGUUCAACCCGAAGAAGGGGAAGCUGAGGCUCGUGUUGUUGCUAAUCCAGCUUUCAAUUCAUGUCGCAUUCUCACUCUGAAUGCCUUUAAUAAGGCCACAGAAACUCGUACUUAUCGACUCGAUGUGACUGGGCGAGACGGCGUGUCAUCGGUACAUGGGAUUCCUGGCUCCGUUACCGGAGUCCAAAAUAUCAUUGUGGACCCUGAUAAAUCACAUCGAGGUUUUGUUGCCUAUGAGGACGAGCUCCGACAUAACCCUCCUUGUGUCGAUGUUGUGCCAUCAACUUCAAAAGAGCAGCCACAUCCAGUGAAGCACGAACGAUUAGAGAGAACCUACGGAGUCUCAUCACAGUAUACCCCAUCAAGAGGUGAAACAUCGCAUCCUACGGUGAACCGAUGUACAUCUCCAUUGCCUGAAUCGAUUUCAAACCGACUUAAGCAGCAGAAAUAUGAGAAAUAUGUGAAGCCUUGCAAGCCGCGAAUGUUCUGCUUUUUCAUGGAGCAACACGUCGAACGGCUUUUAGCACAGUACAAAGAACGCAUGAAAAGAGCUCAUCAGCAUGAGUUUUUUCCACAUCUGCUGACUAACCUUCCAAAACAUCGAUUGGAGUGUUUUCAUGGAGACAAACUCAGUUUCGUCUUUCGCUGCCAAAUCAAAAGGCGUGUAGGAGAGCAACCAGCUAUCUGUCCGGCAAAGCUGUAUCUAUUCUUCGAGAAUCCAAUCAAUAUCCAGCAAUUAGCAGACUGUUGUCGAAGUCGCUGGGAACAUGAUCGUACACCAUUAUGA